AACAAACGCAAACCGAUCAAACAAGGCGUCAAUUAUGGUGAAUAACAGUGUGGCAGUGUUUCUUGUUAGUUUUGUGUUGAGCAUUAUUGUUCUAUGCUCUUGCAACCAAAACCCUGCUGCAUUCCGUACCCAAAAUUUGCCUGGUUGGUGUGUGGCCGAUACGGGUGCCCCUCUCGACCAGUUACAAGCAUUUUUGGAUUAUGGUUGCCAUGAAUUCGACUGUAGUCCAAUAAAACCAGGCGGGCCCUGUUUUGGACCCGAUACCUUACUGGGACAUGCAUCUUGGAUUUUGGAUAAAUUUUAUCGAGAGGGUGGUUUUUGCAAAAAAGGCCUUGGCUUUAUCACGCGAACAAAUCCUUCAUAUGAAAAAUGCCAAUAUCCAUGAUACAAGGAGAAGAGGAUGACAUUGGAUUAAUAAUAGCAAGCCAAGUUAUGUUGGUGAAGAUAAUGUUGGAUCAAAAAGUGUGAUACUAAAACUAAAAAUUGAACAUCAUAUCAUGCUUUCCAUUUCAUAUGGAAUAGUGGUCUCUUGGUAUUUCUAUUAUAUAUUUA